AUGGGUGUCGGUGGCCUGCGAACGCUGGAGGAGUUCAUCGAGUCCUGCCAAGACUGGUGCGUGUGCUUCUUCUUCCUGGCCUUUGCCUUCGUGUUCCUUCUGGACUGUUACUCCUACGUUGCGGCGUCGACUCAGGAGACAGCGUGUCAAACUGGUUGGACUUAUGGCAAUCAGGAGGAGAUUUCCGAUGGACCAUGGCAUUAUCAGGGAAGUGCGAAGUCACCGAGAAGGAACACUUACAAAUCGCCGGCAAGACCGACCAAGCAAAGCAAGCCCAAGCAGAAUCCUGGACGUCGAGUACCUCCUGCCGAACCUCAUUGGGAGCCAGAUCGACCCAGCAAAGACGAAUCGACAGCUUCCUCAACUACGGUCUCCGCAGCCGAAAUGCACCUGAAAGAAAUAUUGAAUGCAGUUUCUCAGAUGGACCAACCGCUCACCGCAGACGUGCAGAAGGCCAUCUCCAAUGCGCAGAAACUUGCAGCCAUCGAUCCAGCCAAGCAAUUGCAGAGUGCAGCAUCACGUCUUCGAUCCGCACGAGAACAAUUAGCCAAAGCGCGCGCAGCUCGUCAGACCAUGCACGAGUCCUGGGCCAAGUUCAUCUCGGAGGCCGUCGUGCGUUGGAACAAACAUAUCGAGGACUUCGAGGUCAAAGAUGCCGAGCACUUGGCAGCUAUUCAGACGGUCAUGGAGAAAUAUCAAAGUGCCAAAAACGAGGUGGAAGCUUCCAAGGAAGCGGUGGCUGCCUCGGACCUCACAACAAAGGACAGCAUCGAAGUCAACGACGACGAGCUGAUGGCCGACAACACACCUGGUAUCCAGGACGACUUAGCGUUCCAUGGUCAAUACCCUCGAACGCAUUCGCGAACGCCAAUCCGAACUGACCGACGACAAGCUUGCCAAGAAGCCUCGCAUCGAGAAAUCGGACGAGAAGGACGUGGAGAUCAUUGGCAGCCAAAGCAUGCAGCCUUUUGGCAAGGGGGGCAAACAGACUUGACAGAGGUUUGUCCACCCCUUACAUGCAAUGAUGCAGCUUACUGCACUUGGCAAUGGACGCAUUCGAUUUUGAUGGAGGACAAUUUCAUGAAUCCGUGGAGAGCUUGUGAACAUGCAGUUGAUCAAUGCAUCGAGGCGAUAGGCUUUGAUGACUGUUCCCGGAUGUUGGAUGGGUCCAACAACCAUUUUGAUCGUCAUGCACGAGACAGACCACGGCAUUCAGAUCUCAAAGUUUCGUUUUCCAACUUGAUUGAAGUGAUCAUCGGUGGUGUUGAUGAUUCAUUUUCAUCUUGUACUCUUUCUUGUGACGAUUUGCGCUUUUGGAGUGACAAACCAUGGAAUCUCCACAUUGAGCCCUCUUCCAUUGUGGAGCCGCUGUCAGAAAUGGCCGUGUCGAGCCCAAUGGAAUGUGAAUGCUCUUUACGUGAUUGUCACCGCAUUGAUCGAGCUGGCACUGUUAUGACUGCCCGAUUUAUUGAAAAUCAUCGCACUCAGCUUUUGCAAGAGGCAGUUUCAGCACCAGAUUGGAUGUGUGGGUCCAGAGCUGUUGAUCUGCUUCGAAUUGCGCAUUUGACGCAGGAUCGCAGGUGGGUUGCCAGAAGUGGAAUCAUGAUGUUUGCUGUUGAUGAACUUGAACAAAUUCCUGACGGCAUUGCCAUUGACAUUGACAUUCGUGUGCCGCAGCCGGAGGAGGACAUCGUGUCAUUUGCUGCUUGGACUCGACGCAACUAUCCUCCGGAUCAGCCAAUUUUUGAGUUACCACAGGCAGUUCAAAAUCACGAACAUGGGCAACAACCUGAGCAAGAUGACGAUGAAUCCAGUUCCAGCGAUGAGGAAGCUGCAGACACUGGUCAUGAUUGGAGAUUCACACACGUGUUUCGUACACGGCGGCGUGUCUUUCAUGGACAUCUGCCUUGGGACGAUGCUUUCACAUUUCAGCAGCGCGUCUCUGCCCUUACCAACGUUGAUGAAGAUGACAUCACCUUUUGUCAUCACGUGGAACAUCGUCCAGCAGAUUUGCAAGCAGCUCAUACCGAAGUCUUGCUCAUGCAAACAGUCAGUGACUUGCCGAUCGGCUCUGUGCAUCGACUUGUCCUCGUCGACAUUGAGUUUCACGAACAUUGGCCUUCCACAGAUCAUUCUACCUCCAGGACACAACAUCCUGAUGAUGACGUCACAACUUUUGUCCAACAACCGCUGCCAUUUGGAACACUUCGUCCUUUGCCGGCAGAUCAAAUGUUGAUGUCCGAAGUUGCUCAAUUGUGCUCUUCUCAAAUGGUACUUUGUCCUGGUCCUCAUGGCGCAGUUGCUUCAUCAACAUCCUCAUCAGCACAGCACCCCACGAGCACCGGGCACUCAUAUCAGACUGCAACGCCAGAUGCUCUUGCCUCUUUUACAGGGCACUUGCAUACGUUUCUUUCUCGAUCGAAUGGGACGCAACCUGCUACCCUGGAGGCUGGCAUUUAUCUGGAAGUCUGGUUCAGUGAUCAUUUACGGCGCCCACACAGCGGCAUUGGGAGACUGGUGUUGUUGCCGCAGGACAGCAUUGAUUGGAUGACUGCGAUCAUCGCUGCAUGGGACGACCUUCUUGAUCCAACUUUGCCAUGGAGCUGUCAUAUUGUUGAAACACAUGUUGGAGCAGGAGAUCCUGAUGCAGUAGCACAAUUGAUCCUUGUGCAAAAUCCUCAACCUGACCAUGUUUCCGUUUUGACCACCGUCUAUGGAGGCGAAGUUUGUGCCGACGAUGCAGUUUUGAUGUGUUACACACUACCCUGUUCUCAGCCGCACCAGCAUUUGAUGCUUCUCCUUGCACAAGGUCUUUACCGUGGGCAACAAUCAAAUGGACUGCGUACAUGGUGGCGUGACCUUGACAUCACGGACAUCCCCCAGCUUGAACUGCAGCAUGGUGCAGCAUUGACAGUGUGUGCGCAGACCUCAUCAUCAGUUCAGUUCGACGGAGGGAACACGAAUGCAGCACAUGACGACGCCACUUCAAUGUUACAGCAUCACCAUACCAUCCGUACACAGAUUCAGCUGGAACGACUUGUCCCGGUUCCUGCACCAUCCGUUUGGGUUGAAAUUGACUGUCAACGUCUUGACUUUCUGCGCAAUCAAUUGCGUAGUUUUCCGCCCAUUCAGCCCAUGUUUGAUCGAGCAUUUUGUGAUUGGCAUUCAUCCACCUCAGAAGCACUUGGUGAUAUCAGUGACUGGUCCGAUGACAUACCAGUUGGAUUCACAUUCUACACUGAUGGAUCGUCUCACAGAGGUUCUGGUCAGGCUGCAGCAGCAGUCGUCCUUGUUGUGACCACGGCAGAUGGACCCAGAUGGGGUGGUUUCGCAACAACCUCUUGCCUUGGUUCGCCCUCAGCACCACGUGCGGAAGCCACAGCCUUGAUGUUGGCUAUUCGAUGGUGUAUCCAGCUAUCCGCCAAGUACAAGGGUAUGAAGCCUUGGUAUGAGUUUGCGUUUGAUUGUCAACACGUUGCAGGGAUUGCUCAAGGACGCCAAGGUGGUGAUCACAACUGCGACCUUCAUUUACCUAUGAGAGCCUUAUUGCAUUGGAUUGAGUCUGAUUUGUCAACGGCCUUCACCUGGACGCAUCUUCGAAGUCAUCAAGGCCAUCCAUGGAAUGAAGCCGCUGAUGCUCUUUGCAAACAUACGCUGGAUCAUGCAGCAACAUUGUUUGACCUUGCUGAAUUUCAUCAACAAUGUACCUUUGACGGCAAUGACUUGCACAUGAUCCAAUGGCUAUGGUUAUUUGAGCGCUCUCUCCAAGGAUGUCCUGAUGCUCCUCCGCUGGUCCACCUUCGAUGGCGUUUGGACAUUGCACAACCAUUGACGAGUGAGCCUCAUGCAGCAAUCCAUCCUGCUAUGAAGCGUCGUGAUCUACAACCUGACGGACCACGUGAAAUGGUGCACUUGGACCUUCAAGUUGGUACAGCGAAUGUCCUCACGCUUUACCCAGAGCAAGACUAUGCUUCACAAUACAUGGGCGCUCGUGCUGAAAGCCUUGCACGUCAAUUCCAUGAUUGCAAUUUGCAGAUCAUUGGUCUUCAAGAGACCAGGUCGCGUUUGGAUGGCCACACCAUGCUUGACAACUUCCAUGUACUUUCCGCGCCCGCUCAGAAACGUGGUCAUGGAGGCGUCCAACUUUGGGUCAAGAGGACUUUACAUGAUGAGAAGCUACGUCUUGACAUUGAACAGAGUCACUUGUUCAUCUUGCACGCAAGCUCUCGUCGUCUUGUCGUGCGACUUGCUUGCGGUGGGCUUCGUUUGAUUCUGAUUGUGCUACACGCACCCACUGACGAUGACGAAGCGACCCUCAGCAAAUUUUGGACGGCCACUUCAGCCGCUAUACCGCAGGCUUACCUCAGUUGGAAGUGCAUUGUGCUUGCGGAUGCUAAUAGUCGCCUUGGCUCAUCAAACACAGAGGCGGUUGGCGAUUAUCAGGCAACCACUGAGAAUGAAAAGGGACUCCACUUUCAUCGUUGGUUGUUGGAACGAUCUCUAUUUUUGCCUCAGACAUUUUCUGAACAUCAUCAUGGAGAAGGAAUGACCUGGACACACUCUACAGGCACCAAGGCCAGGCUCGACUACGUUGCGUGCUCCGAAGCUUUGCGAUCAACUCAGUUGUCUACCUGGAUUGACGAGCGAAUUGAUUUAUCACUACGUCGUGAGGAUCAUGCCUGUGUACGAGCCCUGGUGCCUAUCGACUUUCAUCAUGUGGCAUUGCCGCGGAAGCGACCGCAUUUUACUGUGACGGAAGUGGCGCCACAUCCUACCUGGGCGACUGACGUCCACACGCAUGCAGCAGUGCUUCAAAGUCUUUGGCAACAACCUAUGCAGCCCAACAAGGUCAUGCGCAAAAAGCACCUUUCUGCAGACACUAUCAAACUGAUUGCAGCCAAACGAUUUCAUCGACAUCAACUUGGCAAGAUCAGACGAUACCGGAGACAGGCGGUUCUGCGGCAGAUUUUUGACAGUUGGCGUAGUCAGCAUCCAUGUGAUGUCCAUUUCCAGCCUUGGUUGCGACAUUGUGACCGACUUGAAGCAGUUCAUGGCGCACAUUUUGCCGACCUCUCCCCACGUGUCGUGAUUGCAGUCCGACAGGACGACAUUGACUUCUACGAGUCAUUGGCCGACCAAGCUGGCUCUGAGUCCUUUCGUGGCUCACGGCGGCUCUGGGCUGCCAUUCGUCACGUCCUUCCGAGAUGGAGGAGCAAGCAAAACUCCAAUCUUCGUUGUGUUGGACCCACUACUGAGGACAAGAUCCACCAUUACAAUCUUCUUGAGGCAGGAGAGACCACAACCUAUCCGGACCUCCUGCACGAUUGCUGGCGCAAUCAACAGCACAACAUGCAUGAUGCUCCGCUUGAAGUUCCUCUUCACGAUCUUCCUACGAGAGCAGCCAUAGAGAACCAUUGCGCCAGGCUGAAGAUUCAGAAAGCUCCAGGUCUAGACCAGAUUUCUCCUGAGGCGCUUCGCCAGCAUGGUGUUGACCACGCUCCAGCUUUGACACUACUGCUGAUGAAGAUUUGGCUGACAGGAGCUGAACCAGUGCAGUUCAAAGGCGGACUCAUUCACACCAUCAGCAAAAAGCAGAAGAGCAAUCGGAUCGCUGACAUGAGGGGAAUCGCACUUCUCGACGGCAUUGCCAAGCUCUCACACGCUAUGUUGAGACAGCAAUAUAUCCCUCAUUUGUCAUUGCGGAGUGCUCCUCUACAACUAGGCGGCUUUGCACAUCAGUCCACUCUCUUCGCCACACAAUACUUGCGAGCCUGCGCACAUCAUGCAUCCAACAAACACUUGUCAUCAUGUGUUUUGUUUUUGGACAUCAAGAGCGCAUUUCACUCGAUGAUACGUGAAAUUGUGUUUGACAUGGGCACCGCUUUGCCACAGAGGUUACAAACCGUGCUGGAGCAAGCAGGGUGCUCUGUUCCCGAGAUCCAGCAACGAUGUGAUGGCAAACCCAAACUGCAUGGUGUUCCCCUGACUACUGCUAGACUUUUGAGUGAGGCCCACCGCUACACUUGGUUCACGAUUGCCUCUUCUGAUGAAAUCCAUCACACUCACAGGGGGAGCCGUCCUGGCUCUCCACUGGCUGACGCUGCCUACAAUGGGCUGAUGGUAGAGGUCAUCCAGGAAAUCCACACCUUCUUGCAGAAGCUGCCCCAUAUACAGGACGCAUGGCGUGUUAUGGGAUUAGGUAUGCCUGUUGUAGCAUGGAUCGAUGACUUGGCGAUCCCUGUGGUGACCACUACAGCCAACACUCUUGUUGAGACAGUUCAGGAAAUUCUGGAGGAGGUGGUCCGCAUUGGCAAGACUUUUGGGCUCAUCCUCAACAUGCACGCCAAGAAGACGGAAGCGGUGAUUGCCUUUAGAGGUGACGGUGCACAAGCCCAACGGCAACUUUGGUUUGGUGAACGUCAAGGUGCCAUUCAUGUGCUCAACACGGAGCAGGUGCUACGCUGUGUUCCACGCUACGAACAUCUUGGCACCAUGUUUUCAGCGGAUGGGACAAUCGCAGCUGAGCUACAUCAUCGCCUCACCAAAGCAAUCGCAGCUCAUCAUCAGGUGCGCAGACCAAUACUUGCCAACAAGCACAUUGACAGCGGCACAAGACUCAAACUUCUUGAAGGACUUGUUGCUCCAGUGCUGUUCUACGGCGCUGGAAGCUGGCCGCUGUUAAGCCAUCGCCAAAUCACCAAGAUACACGGGCAGUACAUGAAAUGGAUUAGAUCCAUUAUCGCCAACGGCUGCUGGACGUCGGGUAUGUUGUCCGAUCAACAAGUGCUUCUUCUUUGGCGUCUCCCUUCAGUUUCUCUUCGUUUGGCGAAAAUGCGUUUGCUUCACGCAUUCCAUUUCAUCAAUGAUUGCCCGCAAGCGAUUGUCGAUGUUGUCACGGCAACUGAAAAGCAUCAGGCAUCAUGGAUUCCAGCCUUGCGACAUGCUCUAUGCUGGCUUCAAACCAUGGACCCUGCCCUUUUUGGAUGGGACCCACGCAAUGCUCCGCUACCAGACCUCUUUGAAUGGCUGUCUACACAUCGAGCAGACGGUCCUCGGUUGGUUCGACGGCUAUACUCUCGGGCGCUACAGCAAGGAUUUGUGGUUGGAAGAGUGGUUCAGGCACAUUGGAAAUUGAAAGCAUGCUUGCAACAGUCACCUUCCUCUUCCUUGCCUUCCUCGCAGAUUGACGUCCUGAUUUCAACCUUUGUUUGUCGACGGUGUGCAAGCAAGUUUGGUACACUCCAUCAGCUGCAAGUGCAUCUCUGGCUUGCACAUGAAGAGAUUUCCGAGGAGCGUAGCAUGAUGACCUCUACGACUUGCAAUGCGUGCAAUGUUUGUUUUUGGAGCUCGCAGCGCCUUCAACAGCACCUUAGACACAGUCGCCGACAUGUCAAUGGUUGCUACGAGAAAUUAACUUGGAGAAGUGCCCCAUCACUCACUGCGCCCGACAUUGACGAGAUGCCCAGGCAGGAGAGAUUUCACCGCCAGCCGGCGAUGCGGGUGGCUUCUGUCCAAUCUUCAUGCGAAGUUCAGCUUUGUUCUAGGGAAGCAGCAGAUCAGGUUUGGCAGACACGUUGGAAAGAAGAAGGCUUGCCUGAGAACAUUGAGAUGGUUGCACCAGCGCCGAUUGGCGAAUGGGCACUAUGUGUAUGGAUCCUCGAUCAUGUGAAAAGGGACAGAUUUUGGAACGUGAACUUGGAUCUCUUUUUGCACAUUGACAAAGCCUUGAGAGAGCUGCUGAUUGAAUCCCACAUUGGUCAACUGAUUUGCUGGCGGCGACGCAUGGAUGAGGCCUACCAGCCGAUCACGGUCAAUGACAAGCUGAAUAAGCAUUCGCACUGUGAGCUGGAACCUAUUCCUGACCCAUGCAGUUUGCAGAUGCGACUCCUUUUGCCUGUGUUUGAGGAUAAGGUUUGUUUUACCCCUUCCAUUAAGGUUCCUCUUAUUUUGUUUGAGGGUAGACCUACCAUUCUCAUCAUCCACCUCUUUAGUGGACGCAGACGAGUUGGAGAUUGCCACUGGUGGUUGGAGCAUUUGAGUGCCAAGCUCUUGCCGGAAUACCCCGUGAAGAUGAUUGCCGUUGACACGGCAAUUGACCCAGUGUUUGGCGAUUUGUCCUCAGGUGCAAACUUUGACCUUAUUCUGGGUAUGGCAAAAGGCGGUGCCAUUGCGGCAUCGUUAACAGGCCCACCAUGUGAGACGUUCUCUGCUGCCAGAAACAUCAAGCUUGAAAAUGCAAGCGGCCCUCGGCCGCUCCGGACUCGUGAAGCUCCUUGGUGCCUCCACAACCGAACCCCGCGUGAGCUGCGUCAGGUUGACACCGGCACCGAGCUCAUGUUCAACUCUUUGCAGGUCGAGGUUUCCGUUGCACAAGCUGGUGGCGGCAGUUUGAUGGAACACCCUGCGGAACCGCAAGCAGAUGAGAAAGUCUCAGUGUGGAGGCUUCAAUGCCACACCGAUUGGUGCAUGAGGAUCCGGGAAGCUUGCCAACACAGGGUAGAUCAAUGGCUCUAUGGAGCCGUCGGCGUCAAGCCCACAACGCUCCGUGCUCUUCAUCUUGGCCCCCCGGAAGUGGUUGGCCGUGCUUUGAUUGACGGAGCUGAACCAUGGCGCACCCGGCCGACUUGCGGCCUACGAGGACGCGGAUCUGAUGGACAUUUCCUGACUGCACGGGCAAAGGAAUAUCCCAGCGCCCUGUGCAGGAGUAUCCUUGUGGCAGUCCUGAAAGGGCUACGCCACAGGAUUCACCGUGAUGGUGUAGCGGAUUUUUUUUCCCCAGAUCAUGCGCAGCUGAAUUGGCUCACGCAUAUGUGCAGUCAAUCAGAGGCCUUCACUCUGCAGUCAUAUCUGCCUGACUACCAGAGAUCGUAA